GAUAACAAGCCGAAACGUGACUACCUAAACAUGACGGUUUAAUCAUUUCGUUCAUAUUCACUUUUCUGUUCCAGAAAAAAACAUUUAUGGACAGGUUGGACGUAUGUGACUCUAUCCAUCGUGGUGGGUGAUAGUUUUUAUAUAAAUAUAUAUUUAUUUGACCAAUACAAAAGCCGAAAAUGCUGGCCGCUGUCAGGGUCGGACGAACUGUUUUCUAUACAUGCAAACGACUUUCGGAAACCAAGCAUUCCGCGUUGCCUAUGUACAUCAGUGACUGUAAGCUUGUGACAUCUUCAGGCAGUGGAUCUAUGUCCACGACGUCUACGGAACCAGUGGUCAUUCGUAUCCCCAAACCUACGCUGGAUCGUAUUGAAAAAACGAGACAGAUCAAACGGAGAACGGAGAAGGUUCCUCUCAUCAAACCUGGCAGACUGUUAAUUAAAAGCAAGAAUCCACAACUAAACCAGUCAGCAGGAUAUACAUUCGGUAAAUUCGAGGAGACACGCUUAUGCUCCAAAGGGUGGAAACAUCAUAAAUCACGUGGUGACUAUUUUACCAUAAACAGCAUCCAGACUGUGCCACCAUUUAUCACUGAAUGUGAACAGAGCGACUUGGACCCAGACAAGUCUACUACGUUUAAUACAUUUCAUAUUCGUCAGGAAUUGGUGGAGAUUUUGCGUCGCGAGAAUAUAAUCCAUCCCACAGCAGUGCAGAGGAAGGUAAUUCCGAAGCUGCUGCGUGGUCAUAACGUCCUGUGCGCAGGUGAGACCGGUAGCGGCAAAACGCUUACUUACUUGCUGCCAAUUAUUCAUGACCUGCUGGAGAAGAAAGAAAGAAAUACUGACACAAAUACUCAUGCUGUUGUUCUGGUGCCUUCGCGAGAGCUGGCCGAGCAAGUAGCGGUUGUGACGCGAAUGCUUAGCCAGGAAUUGAACUUGAAGGUAAAGGUGCUUGGAGGCGGCAGGGGUAUUGGCAACAUCAAAGCAGCCUUCACCCAUGGUCAAUCAGAUGUUUUAGUGACCACUCCUGGUGCUCUUCUUAAAGCCACGUGGAGGAAUUAUGUGGACUUGAGCCAACUUAGAUUUAUUGUCUUGGAUGAGGCUGACACCAUGUUUGAUCCCAGCUUCUCAGACAUGCUCGAGAAAAUCUUGCUAAACACGAAUGUGGCCUCCACAGUGUCUGAGACCCGUGGCCUGCAACCAAAAGCUCAAUUGGUUUUAGUGGGGGCCACGUUUCCGGAGGGUGUGGGAGAGGUGGUCAGCAAGGUGACAGACCUUGGGAGCAUCUUGACCAUCAAAAGCCAAAGGCUCCACCACCUAAUGCCUCAUGUAAAGCAGACUUUUGUGAAAGUGAUAGGUGCUGACAAACUGCUGGAGCUGAAUCACGCACUGAAGAAGGUGGAGCAGGAUGGGGCUGGUGUACUGGUCUUCUGUAACUCUGCAUCCACUGUGAAUUGGCUGGGAUUUGCCUUGGAUGACUUGGGUGUCCGACACGUACGUCUACAAGGUGCAAUGCCAGCCGCCAUGAGGGAGGGAAUUUUCCGGAACUUCCAGAAAGGCCUGGUUGACGUGCUGGUUUGCACAGACAUUGCCUCCCGAGGCCUUGACACGCAGAGGGUGAAACUGAUAGUGAACUACGACUUCCCUGUGAGCCACACAGACUACAUUCACCGGGCAGGGCGGGUGGGCCGGGCAGGUGGCCAGGCUGAAGGAGAGGUGCUGAGCUUCGUCACCCAUAAGUGGGAUGUGGAGCUGGUGCAGAAGAUUGAGACUGCUGCCCGGAGAAGAACUUGUCUGCCUGGGAUGGAAUCUGAAAUACACCAGCCUAGCCCCAAAGAAGAUCAAAACUUGUGACCUUCAUGUGAUGUCAUCUAAAAUGGUCUUCUUUGAUCAUCUGUUUCAUUGCAUCUCCAGUGUAUAUGUUGUCUUAACACAUGACAUGAUAUUGUAAACUGAAUUAUUGAUAAAUAAUCAUAUAAAAACAAGUAUAAAUGC